ACAGAUACGUAUAUGUAUCCAGUUGUUCGAUACUCUUUGACUUAAACGCUUGUGAAUGUUGCCGAAUGUGUGCAUUGUGAGGUCACUGAUUGUGGUGUUCAUACAUUUGGGAUUUAAUGAAAUCAGUGCAAACGAAUGUGGUACGACAGAAUAUAUUGAUCCGAAAAUAGUAGGAGGUACUGCAACGGUUAGAGGUGCCUGGCCCUUCUUGGCUGCGCUGUUCUACGUUGAAGACCCGAAAUUUUUCUGUGGAUCUACGUUAAUAUCUGGAAAGCAUGUGCUAACAGCUGCUCACUGUGUUCGACAAAAAAAUUCGCGUAGGAAACUUGCACCAGAAGAUGUGACUGUUCUUCUUGGUGCGUACAAUCUUGAUGUAAAAUUAGAAAGAGGUGCUGAACAAAGAGAUGUAGAAGAAAUUUAUUUGCAUCCGGAUUGGAGAGCAUUUAGUGAGAAAUAUGAUGCUGACUUAGCAAUAUUAGUUCUAAGUCGAAUAGUAGAGUUUACAAAGUACAUUCGUCCUAUUUGUAUGCCUGACGAUGACCUUCCUACUGAUACGUCUGGAUCGAUUGUUGGAUGGGGUCUUUCCGAGAGAAGCAAAGGAAAUAACCGUGAGUCGAUUCCACUCCACGCCUACACAAAAGCUUUGAACGAUACGUAUUGCUAUACAACACAACAAUUUAUUGCAAUGUUUUCAUCGAUGAGGGCAUUUUGCGGCGCCGGUGAAGGAUCACCUAACAAAGGCGACAGUGGUGGUGGUUUUUUCAUUCUUUCCGGCUCGUCUUGGAUUCAAUAUGGAAUUAUUUCGGCUUCUCUGUCCGAUGCAAGGGGUAAUGUGCUACCAAAUUCAUUCACACUCUAUACAAAUUUGAGAGCAUUCAGGAGUUGGAUAGACGAAACGGUUGAAAAAGGUGGAAGCAGUGUGAUGACAGCGAGAGAAAAAGAGAAGGUGAAAACUGAUGUGUGGUGUAAUUAUGAGAUCGUUCCUGAGAGUUUGUACAAAUGUUCUGUAUGGGGUGUUAACGUUACGAAUACAAAUGUUGAGGUUGGUUCAAUCACCGGCUCACAUUUAAGUGGGUAUGAUGCACAUAAUGUAAGACAAAUCUGGUUUUGGACUGGUACACUCGAGCAUAUACCGUCUGGCAUUGGCCGGAAGUUCAACGUUUUGGAAAAAUUUGUGGUUGGUUUUGAAGACAGAAAUUUGGGAUUGAAGCUCCUUCAACGUUCAAAUUUUAAAGACAUGGAAAACCUAUGGUAUAUAGAUGUAAACUAUAAUAACAUUGAGAUUGUUGACGAAGAUACUCUAAGAGACCUUCCAAAUUUAAAAUAUUUUGUAAUAAACAACAACAAGCUAAAGAUGUUGCAGAAGUACACUUUCGAAAAGAACGCUAAACUGGAACAUGUCAAUGCUAAUUCCAAUCAGCUCGAAUUUUUGGAUGGUGAUCUUUUCAAAAAUAAUCCAUUGCUGGAGGAAGCCCUUUUUAAAGACAACAAUUUGAAAACAAUUUCCGUCGAUUUUACACGCUUGGGGUCAAUCAAAACAAUCGAUUUUCGCGGAAAUCAAUGCAUAGACAAGACACUUGGCGAUGUUAAUAAUUCUACCGAGUUUCAAACUCUUCUCAACUACCAGUGCAGUCGAAUCGAGGAUCGAAUUUUUUUCAGUUGAAGGUAAUGUCCAAAAAUUCGAAUAUCGUUGUUAGAUUUACGUCUGAAACGUUUACCAUUACUUUAUCAAUUGAAAUACAAAGCGUUGCAUCGAAAUAGUCUUUUCAAUAUUAC